AUGGGAGAUAUACAAGAAACAAUAGACAUCUACAGCGAAGAAUCUUCAGACGAAGAAGCAACCGAGACGAAAGAAAACUAUUCAUCAUCAGAGUAUUCUUCAGAAAAAUGAGAAAAUGAUGUUGAAAGCCAAAAUGAAUUAAUUGACGAAAAUUCAGAAGCUGAAAAUGAAGCCAUAAAUAACCCAGCUUGUGAAGAAAAGACAGAAAGUCUGCAAAUAGCCAUUACAGAAAAAAACGAAAAUUCAAAAAUUGAUGAAGAGGAACUCUUGGAAUCCUGGAUUGAAACCUCUCAAAGCACCACUGAAAGAAAUGAAAAAAUAAAUGAUAAAUACCAGAGUCAGCCACCUGAAAAAGAAAAUAAGGAUUUAUCAUUAGAAGAAAAAAUUAUAAUUUUUGCAAUAAAUGUGAUAUCACAGAAUUUAUGUAGCGGUUAUUUUAAUUCAUUAUAAUUAAAUAUAAAGAAUUCGAAGACGAGAUAUUUCAUUUAAAAGCUGAAAAAUCACAAGAAAUUGCUUUACUAGAACAAAAAAUUUCUUUCCUAGAGGCUUCUUUGGAAGAAGGCCUAAUAAGGGAGAAAAAGAUUUCUAAUGAAGUAAAAACACAAAAACAAAUGUAUACACAAGCUGUCAAAGAUAUUAAUGCCAAACAUGAAAAUUAUAUAGCAGAUCUUCAAGCUCAAGUCCUCCAAGAAACAGAAAAAUUCAACGAGCUUGAAAGAAUUAUCUUUGAAAAAGAUACAGAAAUUGAAAAGUUCAAAAUCCUUCUGAAUAGAAAUGAAGAACAGCUAUCUAAUAUUAUAAAAGAAACAAAAGAAGAAACCCAGCUUUUGAAAACAAAAUUUGAUAAAAAAGAAAUUUUUUAUAAGCAGGAAUUAAAAAAUCUUCAACAAUCAGCUGAGUUAGAAAUUCAGCACUUGCGUGAAAAACUCCAUGAAACAGAAGGAAAUCUAAGGGAAAAAGAUACAUUUGCAUUGAAUUCUCAAUCUCAAAGCCAAAAAGAAAUUGCAAUUCUUCAGCAGAAAAUAGAAUUUUUAGAGCAAGACCUGCUAGAGACAAAAAAUAAUUUAGAAGACGAAAGAAAAUCGCAUGAAAGCAUGCUUUAUACCAUUGGACAAGUUAGUCUUUCCCCUAAAGAAGAAGAUCUGCUAUUUGAAAUAGAAAAACUAAAAUCAUCCCACACAGACCAAAUAAAAGAAACAGAAUCAAAAUACGAAGACCUUAUCAAAAAUUUAAAUGAAAACAUUAAAGGACUUAAACAAGGUAAAGAACUAGCUGAAACUCAGUAUAAUUCUCUUCUUAAUGAAGCUACUAUAAAGCAAAAUGAGCUAUUAAAUAUCAUAGAAAAUGUAAAACAAGAGAAAAUCCAGCUUCAAGAAAAAAAUAAAAAUUAUGCUGAAAAUUCUGCAAAUGAGGAUAAUGAGGCAAGAUUGAAAAAGAGAAUUAAGGACCUUGAGCUCAGAAUCGAAGAAUUGAAUGCCAACCAUGGAAAAGAAGUAGACUCUUUGAAAAGAGAUAAUGAUCAAGUUCUUAAUCAAAUUAAACAAUUAAUGACCAAUGAAAAGCAGGCUAUUGAGCAACGAACUAAAUAUGAAAAAGAAAGAUAUGAUAAAAAAUAUGCAUUGGCUUGUGAAGAAUAUGAAAAUAGACUUAGAGAGGAGCAGGAAAGGUAUGAAGAAGAAAUCAAUUCUCUUCAUGAAGAGCUUAGAGAGAUGCAAGAAGCUAGUGCUCAAGAGAGACUCUUAAACUUAAAUUACUUAUGCAGGCAUGCAGGCACUACUCGCCUCCGUAUAAUGCUCCGCAACUUGUUUGAAGUCUGGACACAACUUUCGACUGUGUUGCUUCUCACAGAUGGGGCUUGCACUCGCUACCCGAGAGUCAGAAACUCUAGGCCAUCAUGCUGUAUGCUAACGGGCUUGCUCUUUCAGAAAAUUCGAAUCGAAUAUUCUGAUCAGCUGUUGACAAAAAUUGUACCCGAAGCUCAGGAAACAACGCCUCGUAUUGCGCUAUGGACUUGCUCGAUUGGCCAAGCGACAACCUUUAGCUUUUUUGAACCUGGAGCUCAGGACCCAACACCUUGUAUCGCGCUAGGGAUUUGCCCGAUUGGCCAAGCGACAGCCUUUAGCCUUGCUGGGCAUCCCUUCUCAACUUCAGCGAACCAUCUUCCCACGAGGUAAAACCUUGACCAGAAUGUAAGCAUACAGUCUGCUAAGCCCGGUAUUUUGCUCCACAAACCUCUAAAAACCUGGCCAGAUACACAUUUUCCGAACGCUGUCAUCUCUUCUACAAAGUCCUCAGCUUUCCCAAUGAGCCUGCUAGCUAUAAGUGCUAAGAGUGGAGGUUGACUCACCACGCCAUUUUAAUGUAUAUCUUGCUCAAGAGACCCAGCAGCAUAACAACAAAAUUGCUUUAUAUUCUCAAAAAAUAGAAAAUCUUGAAAAUUAUCUGCAAAACACUAAAGAGCAGCUAUCGUUAAUCCAAAACUCACAUACUCAAGCUUCUGAAAGCCAGUUACAAUCUUUCAACAAUGAAAGAGUCCUGCUUUCAGAAAAAAUUGAAAAAUUAAGUAACGAAGCUGCAUUCAAAGAUCGAGAAAUUGCAAAUUUUAUUUUCAAAACUGAACAAAAUGAAUCAAAAAUUAAAAAUUUAGAUAGAGAGCUUGAUGAGCUAAAAGAGCAAUUUAAUAAAGAAAGAGUUUCAUAUAUUGAAAGAAUCGAAUCUGCCAAAAAAGCAAAUCAUAAGCUUGCUGAUGAAGUAAAUAAAAAGAAAAGCGACUAUAAGCGAGAGAUAGCUCUAGCAAAUCAGCAUAUUGAAUUCCAAGCUAAAAAAAUAGCAGAUCUUGAAAAAUCGCUUCAGGAAAACUCCGUUAAAUAUAUUUUUUGAAUUAAAAUAGCGGUAAAUUAAAUGCAAAAAACCUAAUAAAUAAACCAUUAUUUUCAAUUAUUAAAUUUAAUAUAAUCCAGCAUAUAAUGAUUCAAUCAAAUCAUGGAAAACUGAAAAUGGACAAGAACUGUCAGAAAUGGUUGAGAAACUCAGCUUAGAAAAAGAAUAUGCAGAAAAAAAACUAGAGGAAAAACGUAAAGCAACCAAAGAACUAGAAAUGAAACAUAUUCGUCAAGUAAAUAUUUUGGAAAAAGAAAAAGCUUUAUUAGAAGAAAAUUUAGCUCAUGUUAAUAACAAAAAAGAUGAAAUUGAAAAUAGACUGAGCUCAGAAAUUAAAGAUCUUCAAGAGCAAUUAGCGUUAAGAGGAGGAAUAGUUUUUAAAGAUAAAUCAUCAGUUUUAAAUGAUUGUGAUGCACUAAGAGCAAGAUCUACUGAGCUGGAACAUAAGGUAAAUGAACUGCAAAUUUUAGCAGAAAGAGACAAAAUUCUAUGGGAGAACAAAUUUAACUUUUUGCUUUCUCAAAGGGAUCAAGCUAGAAACGACCUAGCUGACCACCAGAAAAAGUUUGAUAUAGCAUUAGAGCAGCUCCAAAAACGAGAAAUGCAUGAAAAAGACAAAAUAGAAACUGCUACAGCGUCGCUUAUUGCUUCAGUAGAAAGCAGAUAUAGCAACCAAAUUAAAGAAAUCCAAGAAACUAAUCUUGCUACUAUAAACGAAUUAAAUAACAAAAUAAGCCUACUAGAUAGAGAGCUUCAAGCUGCCAAAGAUGAAUUAGGCUCAAAGAAAAAUAAUUAUUACCAAAACGAAAAUUAUGAAAAAAAAAUCAAUGAACUAAUAGAAAAUGAGCAAAAAUUAAAAUCAGAAUUUGAAGUUUUUAUAAAGCAAAAAGACAAAAAAAUCAAAGAAUUAGCAGAUUUUAUUAAAAACGAAAAAGAAAAUUUUAAAAAUAAAUUUGUUGAACUUGAACAAAAAGUAAAGGAAAGUGACCAUCAAAAAAGUCAGAUAUUUUUAGAACAUGAAAAGGAAAAAGCAAAGUGGGCUUUAGAAAGGGACAUUUUUCUCCAGCAAAAGAAUGAGUCACAAGAUCUGAUUGAGAGGCUUGAAAAAAGAAAAGAAUCACUUAUAAGAGAAAUCGAGAAAUAUAGAUCAGAGAGACCUACUAAGCCAAGACCUUCAAGCAAUAUAAGAGCUAAACCUCCAAUAACUUUAAAUCGGUCAUUUAUACCGAGCUUUAUGGAAAAUUCCUCAUAUGAAGAGUUUUCAAAGGAGAAAUAUGAUGAUAAAGGCACAGAAUACAGCACACCAUCAAGCUCUGCAACACAUGAAUCCUCUCCUCUUCCUUUGAGACUUAAAAAUUGUAAUGCUAGCAGGCCGCUAAGCUCAAUGAGCAGAAAUAGUAAUGAUGGAAAAAGAAAAAGAGAUGAAAACAUAAGGUACUAA